AUGGAUGGCAUUCCGGGUCCGGAUUCGGAAAGACCGCGAAAGCACACGGAUCCAGACGAUUUCAUCGCGAGAUUCAACCACGCCGACGCUGCCGAAGCUGUAGCGGCGGUAACAGCUUCAGACGAUUUAGUGCCGCCGCCCCUACCUCCACCCAACGAGCCACCGGCCCCAGAGGAGGAGCAGGGCUUCUACGAGAUCCAUGAAGCGUCUCCGGAAGCAGUGCUCAUCGCAAACGUCGGGCAGGCUGUAAUGGAGGAGCAGCCCAAAGAGGUUGACAGGGAAGUUGAAGGUCGAGAGCCCUCGAAGCAGGAUGCGCAUCCAGCAACUAUCCCGGAGGAACCGCAGGCCGAUGUCGCUGUUGUCGUGGAUCCCGGGGACACAGAGGCCGAAGAUGACUCACCGGAAGGUCAACAGCCUCAACGGCGAAGAUGUUUUGCUUGUUGUUGCAACAAGGCGCCACGCAAGAAGCAGAAGCCCAAGGCGGUUGAGGACACUGCUUCAGAAGACUACAGGCACCAGCAGAGCAAGCUGCUGGACGAGGAAAUUGAAGACUUUAGUGGCACACCUUUUGUGACCUUUGUGGCCUGGAUAACACAUCGAGGACUCGCGCGGGCGCCCAUGUGCUGUGUGUGCAGUGGGAUGCUCCUCGUCAUUGCAAUCAUUGCAGGGGGCAUGGUCGCGAGACCUCCCAACGUGGAUGUGGACUGGGGAGCGUUCCUUAAAACGGACGUGAACACGUCCACGAUGCGGGACGUCUUCCUGUUUGCACUUCAGCAUCGGCAAACCGAGCGGAGGCUUACGGAGGAGACUGAGCUGGUCGAAGACCGCCGGCUCCAAGGUAACAGGCUUUACAAGCACAGCGACAUUUUCUUGGCGUACGACUUUCCCGACGAUACCAAUGCCGGCCCGAAUGGAUGGCUGGACUCCGGGCAUCUGUAUUCUGUAAUGUCUUUAGAGAGGAGGCUGCGCAGCACUGCGAUGUGGCAGCAGCUCUGCAAUAGAUCGGAUGAUGUUGAGUUGACUUCAUCUCGCAGCUCAGCUGACGCGAUGGCCGUCUCAGAGCACGUGGCAGUCAGCCCAGCAUCCGCCAACCGGAGACACUGGUGGGCAAACGGAACGUCGUGGCCUUCGUUGCUCAGCAUUCACUGGCAAUCGCACAGCCUCGGCACGUUCAGCCCUGUGCCCGUGCUGAGUCGCGGGGCCACUGUCUCGCUGGCUCUGGCGAGUGUUGUCUUCCUCGCCUUUGCUUUCCGUUUUGUCAGUGCUGGAGUGGACUUCAUGAAGGGGCAGGCGAAAGACGAGGGCUGCGCCCGUACGCAGGUCUUCCACAUCUUUUUCGCCGGCAGCUCCUGCCUUCUUGCCGGUGCACGGCUGGCUGUUUUGGGAGAUCACUUGGACCCAGCCUUGGGUCUGUCUUUGGGUCGUGCGGGCGCCUGCCUUCCGCUGGCCCUGGCCCUUGGCCGCGCAGCUGGCGCAAGCCUGCGGGAGGUCGCACCUGUCGCGGUGCUCUUGGCGGUGAGCUGGCUACAGCUUGGGUUCUCCGCAGUCACCAGCCAACAGGCCAUGCACCUGGGCCUGUUCUGUUCGGGUUCCCUUUGUGCACUGGUGGCUGUCCAAUCGCUCGCUGCAACUUUGGAGGGCAGCUGGCGUGCCGAGUAUGUGAAAAACCGGCUGUCCUUAGUGAUGUCCUUGGUCCAGACCCUCACUAUGGUCCAAUUGCUUGCGUGGCUCUUCACUCUGGCAUUUCCGAUUUCGGAGUCCGAGCCUGGGCGGAAGACUCGCUCCUUCUCCGGCUUUGCGCUCGACAGCUUCUUGGAUGGACUGGUGUUCUGUGGCGCGGGGCACCUGCUCCUCAAGAAGCAAGCUAUCCUCCUCUCUCUUUGCCAACAGUGUGCUCCAGUCGACGACAAGCCGCUCUGCGAACAGGGCAUCUCUCUGGUCAACUACGUCUUUCCAUCCCCGAUGGUUCUAGGACCCGACGUGGUGCCCAGCAUGCUGGUCUACGAUGCAGGUGGCAGAGAAAAGGUGGCUCCGCAGGUGGCUGUGGCCCUGAUGGAGGCACCUGGUGUUCAAGAGCAGGGAAAUGCACCCAAAUUCCUGCAGAUUGCUUUCCUGACCAUUACAAGAGACAAAGAGCACAACGUGAAGGACAUCAUCGUCGAUGCAGACUACGAAGACGGACAGCCUCUCCGAAGAAUAAGAAGCUGUUUCCGCUUCAAGUGGUACUGCUGCACCUCCCUCAUGUCAUCUUCUGAACAAGGAGUCGUCUUAGAGGAGAUGCGCCAAACCUGGGACACCUUCUUGAACGAAGCCGUCAUGCCUAUCCUCAAGGAGUUUCGGGAAGCACAAGCGCAAAGAGCGGCACAAGGAAGUGGGACAAAGCCCUUCGAGAUGUACUACACUGGCAGUACCCUCUACAGCAAAGAGGAUGCCGCGAAGACCGGCCACAUGCCGUUCGGUGCGGUGCUUGCUGAUGCCGAGGGCAAGAUCUUGGCAGAGGCUCACAACCAGUCGGUCGUGGCCGCUAAACGUGGCGGUAGUGGCGACGUCACGCGCCACGCGGAGACCAUGUGA